GAUUCAGUGACUCAUCCUCAACACCUCGCUGACACAAACCCAUGGACGUAUAAAACAAAACACAUUUGUUUGUUUCCCUUCAUUUCUUCGCAAAUUCUUUCCAUUGAAACUGUCACGAUGGCAUCACGCACCAUGUGUGGAGGACCGACGGAAGCUAAAGAAGCUACCGACGAAGUUCAUGAGAUCUGUCAAAGCGUGAAGGUCCAUGCAGAGAAAAAAGCAGGGAAAACUUAUGAUGUUUUCACAGCGAAGAGCUUCAAGACUCAGGUAGUGGCCGGGACCAACUACUUCAUCAAGGUCCAUGUGGGAGGGGACGAAUAUCUUCACCUCCGUGUUUUUAAAAAACUCCCAUGUCAUGGAGGAGAAUUAGAGUUGUCUGAUAUGCAGCAUCCCAAGACCCAGGCAGACCUUAUUGAGUUAUUCUAACAGAUCCUAAACCAAACACAGUAUCAGUGCCAACAGGUUGCCGUCUCAUUAUAAUCAGUGAUGAUCAAAUUAUCCUGGCUCAAUAUAUAAAACAAUGCUUCUGCAGUUUCCACUCCGAACAUGUUACAACACACUGUGUCAUACUGCAGAUCAUGUAAAAAUGAACAAUUUUCAAGAAUAAAUGAUGCUUUUGUUAUA